AUGCUCCAUUCUUUCCGCGCAUGCUACACCGCCGGCGCCGCCGCCACGUCAAAAGGAGACAGCAUCAGCGCCAACUACUUCCUCGUAACAGCCAUCCCUCUGCUGCUGUCGACGGGGCUCCUCCUUUCCCGCUUCCUCAGAAGAAAGCAGCGGGCCCCACUGCCUCCCGGUCCGACCGGGCUGCCGCUGGUCGGUUACCUCCCUUUCCUCGGGACCCACCUCCACCGCGAGUUCACCGCUCUCGCCGCCACCUACGGCCCCAUCUACUCGCUCCGGCUGGGCAGGAAGCUUUGCAUGGUGGUCAGCUCCUCCUCCCUGGUCAAAGAGAUCGUCAGGGACCAGGACGCCAUCUUUGCCAACCGCGACCCGCCCAUCUCCGCCGUGGUGCUGACCUACGGCGGCGAUGACGUGGCAUUCUCGAACUACGGCCCACUCUGGAAGAAGCUCCGCAAGGUGUUUGUGAGGGAGAUGUUGGGUGGGGCGAAUCUGGAGGAGUGCUACGGACUAAGGAAGCAGCAGGUGAGAAGCUCCGUCAAAGAGGUGCACAAGAGAUGUUCCGGCGGGGAAGCGAUGGAUUUCGGCGAAAUGGCGUUCAAAACGACGACGAACGCCAUGCUGAGCAUGUUGUGGGGAGGAGUGGCCGGGGACGACGAGGGCUUCUACGGCGAGUUCAGGGAGCUGGAGUCGGAGAUGUUGGUGUUGAUGGGUACGCCGAACGUGUCGGACUUUAUUCCGGCGCUGGCCAGGUUUGACUUGCAGGGGAUCGAGAAGAAGUCCAAGAGGUUGCUCGACAAGUUCGAUGAGAUUCUGAGCUCGGUGAUCGAGGAGCGGUUGAGGGCGGUUGAGAAGCGGGGAGGCAACGGGAGGAAGGAUUUCUUGCAGGUGUUGUUGGAUUUGAAUCGCCACGGUGGCAGCGACGGUGAAAGCUAUGUUACUACCAAUCAAGUCAAAGCUCUGCUUAUGUUAAUUGAUUGGCUGACUUUAUUCCAACAGGACAUUUUGGUGGGUGGCACAGACACAACGUCGACCAUGCUGGAGUGGACGAUGGCACAACUGGUCAAACAUCCAGACGCAAUGUCCAAAGUCUACAAAGAACUCAACGAAAUCGUCGGUCAAAACGACAUCGUCGAGGAAUCUCAUCUCCCCAACCUAACCUACCUAGAAGCCGUCAUCAAGGAGACGUUUCGAAUCCACCCAGCUCUGCCUUUGCUAGUGCCACGCUGCCCCAGCAAAACGUGCGAGCUGGGUGGGUACACCAUCCCCAAGGGCACAAUCGUCUAUCUCAACGCCUACGCCCUCCACACUGACCCACAACUCUGGGAAGACCCUCUGGAGUUCAAACCGGACAGGUUCCUCAGCGUGGAGGACGACACGAAGUUCGAUUUCCAAGGGAACAACUUCCAGUUCCUUCCGUUCGGAUCUGGAAGGAGGGUGUGUCCUGGCCAGCCUCUGGCGGUCAACACGUUGAAAUACGUGUUGGCUACGUUAUUGCAUUCGUUCGAUUGGAAGUUGCCGGCGGGGACGGAGCUGGAGUUGGAGGACAAGUUUGGGAUUGUGAUCAAGAAGAUGAACCCUUUGGUCCUUGUUCCUACUCCCAGGCUGUCGAGUUUGGAGCUGUACUAG